UCUUUCAAUUCAUCGUUGACAGAAGCGUAUCAUUGCUAUCGCAGUUGUUAUUUUAUCAGAUUUCAUCGACCUAUUUGAGUUCAAGUGACUUCUUGUUAUUGCAGAUAGGUUUGUAGAUGUUAUUUUGCAUGUAUCCAUUUUGUUUUCUCCUGAAAUGUCUCCGAAUUUGUGUUUGUUACCAUUGUAAACAAAACAGACCAUCCUUGACAACCAGGAAAUAGUAUUAAACAUUUUGAGGUCCUCUUUGAAAACGUUUUCCUUUAGAUUAGUGUUGUAUUAUCGAUUUCUUCAUUUAUCAGCUUGUUUGCCUAUCACAUUGAGACGCACGUUGUAAGUAUUUCGGUAAUUCUGGAGCCACCACGUUUGUUUUGACCCCAAAACUGACCUGAAUUCUGAUCAUGUUUAUGAACGGCCCAACCCACAAAAAACGACAAGUAGAUUAUCCUAAACCCUAUGACCUUACCCACAAGUCCGUAGCCCAAGUCUAAUAAAAUUUCUUUCGGUCAAGUAAGCUUUGCUAGUAAAAGUUCAUACAUUAACACUAAGAUCGGGUGAAAUGAUAGAAUGCAGGCUACAUCAGUGGGCUAAAACUGCACUGUUUUUGUGAAAACGGCUAGGCUGAUGAAGUCCCUCCAAAUGAUGUCAAGUGACAUGUUCAGACACAGCAUGUAACAAAUAUUCAAAGACAUAGAAUAUUGGUUGGGGUUUAUUAGUUACAUGGUCCUGUGUUUUGUGCAAGCAGACUCAAAGCUUUUGGCACAGACUGUAAACCAAACUACAAUAUUUGCCAGUCCCUAUAUACAACUGUGCUUUGGGGAUUUGCGAAUGAUGUCUAUCAAGGUUUUAAUCAUUGAAAGUAAGAUCUGGUUGGAAUACUUUCUGCAGCUUAGGUCCAGUAGUAUUCUGUUUUGGUCUGUUAAGCUCAGCUGAUAGUUCUCCAUAUCAUAAUGUUCACAAAAAUCCACUGAUUGAUGCCAAAAGACAAUUGUGGGCCAGUUAACUUGGAAUUUUGGAAAGGUGUUUUAAAAUGGGGAAGAUUAAGUUUUGCACAGAGUUAAUAAAGUCAUGAAAAUUUCCUAAUACCAUUUUAUUGAUCUCUCACAAUCACAACAGUCAGUCCCACUAUGUCUAAUGUCUGUGAUUAGAUAGAAUGUACAUUACCAGUCCCUAAAUAUUUAUGUGCUUUGGGGAAUUUUAUGUGUUCUAUUGCAGUUAUUUUUUGCAGACUAGUUAAAAUAUAAAAUUAUAAUUUAUUUCUAACCCUGUGACAGGGGGUUGUAGGUUUUUUAACCAUCAUAAAUUGAUCAAUAAUAUUGUCAUAGUUGUAACUACAUGCCUACUAGGGCCGGGGCGGGUAACUUGGGUACUCGGAUCGGGUGGUUCCUGAGUAGGACCCACAUUUGGACUUGUCCCAGCCCUAAUGCUUACUAUUUCUACAUGCCUAAAAACAUUGUUUUUAUCCAUGAAAUAUGCUUAUAAAGCACAACACCUUAUUUAUAAACUGAUAAAACAUCAAGGUGUUAUGAUAUAAAGUAAUUUCUUGUCUAUAUUGUUGACAGGUUUCUGUUGUUGUGACCGACAGUGUGAAGUAUUAUCUGGAUUCUACAGUUUAUCCUGUGUUUCACCUUGAUCUGGUGCAAAGAUCAACUCCAGAGAGACACAACAUGCUGUGUCCCAGUGAGAGUUGGGUGAACCUGGAUGACCCUCCCUGCCCUGACACUGAUGCUGUCAUCCCCUCCAGUCCUACAAUGAGGUCCACCAGCCUAAUAUGCCCCAACCCUAGAUCCUCCAUCUUCUACAACAGCAUCCUACAACAGUUUGAACAACCUAUUUCCUUCCCAUCCUUCAUCCCAAGCCAGUAUCUGAAUAUUCACAAUGCAGGUUUUUUCAGUCCAAAUACCAGUGUGCUUCAUUCAGACUAUCCUAACUUUACUUCUAACUGUACUGACACUAAUGACCUUCCUUCAAUGUUUCUAUUAGAGAGCAGACAUGUCUUCCCCAGCCGAAAUCAUACAUCCCUCCCUGCUGACACCAGUGCAAACAUAUUCCCAAGCCCAUGUGAUAUGUCCCUCCCUGCUGACACCAGUGCAAGCACAUUCCUCAGCCCAUGUGAUAUGUCCCUCCCUGCUGACACCAGUGCAAGCACAUUUCUCAGCCCAUGUGAUAUGUCCCUCCCUGCUGACACCAGUGCAAGCACAUUCCUCAGCCCAUGUGAUAUGUCCCUCCCUGCCAGCAUCAGUGCAAGCAUAAGCCAAACUUCAAUCAGUGGAGGGUUUGUUGAUGAACUCUCACCACCUCAUUUCAUGUCUGUUACUAUUUGCAGUGAAUCAAGCCUCAGCCAGACCUCAUUGGGCACGGAUUUUGACGAUUCCACCUUCAGGCCUCUUCAAGUUGACAGUGAAUGCAGCCUAGAUCAAACUGCAAUCAGCCAGAUCUUAUUGGGCCCAGAUUUUGAUGAUGCAUCCUUCCAGCUGCUUCCAAUUGACAGUGCAUGCAGCCUAGAUCAAGCAUCAAUCAGCCAGACAUCAUUGGGCCCAGAUUUUGAUGAUUCCACUUUCAGGCCUCUUACCAUUAGCAGUGCAUGCAGCCUAGAUCAAGCAACAAUCAGCCAGACAUCAUUGGGCCCUGAGUUUGAAGAUUCCACAUUCAGGAAGCUUCAGGUUGACAGUGCUUGCAGCCUAGAUCAAGCAUCAAUCAGCCAGACGUCAUUGGGCCCAGAUUUGGAUGAUUCCAUCUUCAGCAGUGAAUGCAACCUGUCACAAGACUACAGCCAGACUUUGAUGAAAUCCAUCGUCAGCCCUGAUCCUGGGAGCAGUGAUGCCAGCCUGUCUCAGGCCAUCAGCCAAUCAUCAGUUGGUGAAGAUUUCAGUGAAUCCAUCCUCAUAACCUAUUCCUUUCAGCUGUGAAUCCGGUCACAAGAUAUCAGCCAGAACAAAUGAGAGCUUCAUCAAAACUUCAAUCUCUAGAGUACUUUAUGACCCCAAACUUUAUCCCAGUCUGCCUAGUUAGAGACCUAUUCAUUCUAAAUUAGCGUCUAAAACGUUAUUCAUUAUUAAUUCAAUAUUUUCAUAAGAUAUUUAUGUCUGGACAUCACUUUAUUGAAUAUUAACAUUGUGCUACUGUAUCUAAUUCUAAUUAUCUCUUAAAAUGUUGGGAAAAUGUCUUAUAGAAGUCAACUAUAAAUUUACAAGACUAGUAAUCUUUUGAUGUUUUGUUUUCAAUUAAGAAAAAAAUACUGACUUGUGAAUUUGUGAUAACAUUGAAAAUGUUACUUUUAACUUAGCUAUAUUUUGUCAUUUAUUGACAAUUUCCUUCGGCGCUGACAUCAAAUUAUCUUAUUUAUCAUAUAAGGUAUACCGAAGAAGCCAGCCAGCCAAAAUUCAGCCCAUCACCAAUCGCCACAAACAUGACGUGGGCAAUAUUUUUUUCACCCUGAACAAGGCAUGUGUUAAAUUGAGAUGUAAACAAUUUCUUUUCCCAACUUGACAAUUCUUAUUUCAAUGAAGCUUCACCAACAAAUUUCAAUGGUAUUUUCCCCUUCACAUAUUGUACCUCCUGAACUCGUUUCAAUGUUGAGCAAGACAGACAUGUGCCACGCCUCUUCCUUGUUGCCCAGUGAGCAGUUUCAACUGCCUGUUCCAUGUAGUCAAACUCUCAGGUGAUUUGAGAAGCCAGGAGAUUAAUCCCAGCCUGAUUUAUGUAUCUCCAUGUCUAUAGGAAUGUAUUAAUAUUAUCCACCUUCGUGAGACCUGGAACCUACCACCUAUACAACAAGAUGCUGGCGAGAAAUGUGUGUGGAAAGUUCAAACUGACUUGCCAUUUUGUUAUGAGCAUAGAUAGGUGCAGACAGAGUUAGGAUCACAAUCAGGACUCGUUUUUACUCCAAACCCUCGUCCAGAUCUUGUCUUUAAUUGGCACAGAUUUUAUCAACCAAUCUCUUUAAUCUCAUGUAGGCUAACACAUAUCUUGUAGCAAUGCCUUGAUGUACCCUUCUUUUUAGUGGGGACAGAGGUGGCUCGAUCAGUUGUCUAAGUCUAGAGUUACGUUCCUUGGGCCCACCAGAAACCUAUGAUUGUGGGUUCGAUUCCCGGUUCGCCCUGAUUAUGUUUCUAGGUUCGUCAGCACCAUAACCGUGCUCGUGGGUUUCACCAAAGUGGUAAUUGUCUGAGACCUGCAUC